AUGGCUCUGUUUUCGUUAGAGUUGAAAAACUUUCCACUUUCUAGCUUCUUUUUAUUUCCUUUAAGCUGUAGUCAUAAUACCUUUGUAUACUAUACCAAAACUAAAUAUGAAGGUGCAAUUGCCGAGCAUAAGGUGAAAAUAGCUGCAGAAGUUUUGUCUGCCAUUCUUGUGGUCUGUGGGAUGUUCUUGCUGGCUCGUUACAUUGACAAAGUCAGGGCAAGGAAAGGUUUUGAAGAGACCAGCGCAAUAGUAAAGAAUCCAAACAAUAAAAGCCAACUAGAAAACCUGGAGGGGCUAGUCUUUGACCUAGUUACAAUUUUUGAGGCCACUAGCAACUUUUCAACAAGCAAUAAGCUUGGGGAAGGCGGGUUUGGAUAUGUUUACAAGGGUACAUUAGAAGACGGGCAAGAAAUAGCUGUGAAAAGGCUUUCAAGGAGUUCAGUACAAGGACUGAACGAAUUCAAAAAUGAAGUUGGUCUGAUAGAAAAACUUCAACAUCGAAAUUUAGUAAAACUUCUUGGCUAUUGCAUUCAAGGGGAAGAAAAAAUGCUGGACUCCUUCAUUUUUGAUCAAAAGAAAAGUAAACUAUUAGACUGGUCCAAGUGCUUCCAUAUAAUCUGUGGAAUCGCAAGGGGGCUUCUAUAUCUUCAUCAAGAUUCUAGAUUAAGGAUUAUACAUAGAGAUCACAAAGCUAGUAACGUUUUACUUGAUACUGAAAUGAAUCCAAAAAUUUCAGACUUUGGUAUGGCUAGAACUUUUAGUGGAGAUCAAACUGAAGGGAAUACAAAGAGAGUGGUUGGAACAUCUGGUUACAUGGCACCUGAGUAUGCCAUAGAUGGGCUCUUCUCAGUGAAGUCUGAUGUCUUUAGCUUUGGGAUUUUGUUGUUGGAGAUCAUAAGUGGAAAGAAAAAUAGAGGUUUCUAUCAUGUAGACCACACUCUCAACCUUAUUGGAUAUGCAUGGAGAUUUUGGAAAGAAGGCAGAACUUUAGAGCUUAUCAAUCCAUGCUUCCAGGAUUCAAGCAAUCUUUCUGAGGCGCUUUGCUGCAUUCAUAUCGGUCUAUUGUGUGUGCAAGAGCACCCUACAGGCAGGCCAAGCAUGUCUUAUGUUGUUGUUAUGCUGGGUAGCGAAAAUGUCUUGCCUUAGCCCAAACAAUCUGCUUUUUUAUUAGGUAAAGACACUGUUGUAACGGAUUCUCCAUUGAACAAGCUUGAAUCUUCUUCAACCAAUGAAAUUACUAUAACUCUGUUAGAGCCUCGAUAGAGGUUUGUAUC